AAAAAGGCAAAAGGAAGCACUGUCAUCGAUGGCGUCGACACGUCCAGCAUGUCCCGGGAGCAGCUGGAGCAGUUCGCCCUCAAGCUGCGGAACGAGAUGGAGCGCGAGCGUGAAGAGCGCAAUUUUUUCCAGCUCGAGCGCGACAAGCUGCGUACGUACUGGGAGAUUACGCGCAAGCAGCUGGAGGAGGCCAAGGCGGUCAUCCGCGGGAAGGAGCGGGACGUUGAGGUAGCGCAGGAGCUGGCCGAGCAGGACACUAAGAACGUGAUGCAGGAGAUGAAGCACCUGCAGUACGAGCACCAGUCGCACAUCGGAGAGCUGCGGGCGGAGAUGAUGACGCAGCUGAAGAUGGCCCAAGAGGACCAUACGCUGCAGGAACGGGAGCUGCUGAACGACAAGCGGGACCUGAAGCGGCUGCUGCGCGAAAAGGAGGAGAAUGCCGAGCUGGAGAUCCAACAGCUGAAGCUGAAGCACAGCGAACUGCUCAGCGUGGAGCGGGCCAAAUUCCAGGACGAGAUUGAGGCCAUGACGAAGCUGUUCGAGCAGCGGCUCGCCAGCUACAAGGAGGAGGCAGAGGUGCGCCACGAAAUGGAGCUGUCGGAGGUCGAGGAGCGGAAGAAUGGGCAGAUCGCUGAACUGAUAAGCACCAACGAACAGGCGUACCGGGAGAUGAAGAGCUACUACAACGCGAUCACACAGAACAACCUAGCGCUGAUCAACAGCAUGAAGGAGGAGAUGGAGGAGAUGCGCCUACAGUCGGACAAGGACCUGAAGAGCUUCACCGAGGUAAUGGCGGAGAACAAACGACUCACGGAACCGCUCAAGAGCGCUCAAGCUGAGCUGGUGGAGCUACGGAAGAAGCUCCAGUACUACGACCGCGACAAGGCCACCCUCAACCGGGUGAAGACGAGACUCAACAGCACCCAGAAGCAGCUGUCCAGCCUCAAACUAGAGCAGGACGUGCUCCAGAUGCGUUGCGAAAAGCUCGUCGAGGAGCGGGAUCAGCUGAAGCGGCUGUUUGAGAAAUCAAUGCUGGAGCUUCAGCAAAAGUCUGGCCUGAAGAACUCGCUGCUCGAGCGCAAGCUGGAGUACAUCGAGAAGCAGACCGAGCAGCGGGAGGCCAUUCUCGGUGAAGUCCUAUCGCUGGCCGGCAUCGAGCCUCAAUCGCUGAGCGUCCGGAUCGAAAAGCUGCUGGUUCAAAAGAACGAUAAAAUCCAAGCUCUUCGGUACGACCUGGCGCGGGUGAGUAAGAUGUACGACGAUCUCCUGUCGCUGAUCGAAGGCAAGCUGGUAAAGUAUGGCAUCACGCUGAAGGACCUGGAGCUGACGAACUUGCGGCAGGAUAAGUGA